AUGGCCACCAAAAACCUAGCCACCUGGGCCACCUCCCUCACCAACCCCCCAGAAGAAGUCACCCACGCCGCCCUCCGCAGCUUCUACAACUGGGUCGGCUGCACAGUGGGCGGCAGCAACCACGCUGCAACAAGCAUAGCCCGCAAGGCGCUCUCCCAAUUCGCAGGCCCACCCACAUCCACCCUCCUAGGAACCUCCUCGUCAACAGACGCCCAACACGCAGCUCUAUUCAAUGGCAUAGCCUCCCACGUUCACGACUACGAUGACACCCACCUCGACACAAUCAUCCACCCAACCGGCCCAGUCGCCUCAGCCCUCCUAUCCAUAACCGAGACACUGGACCGGCCAGUCUCAGGCGCAGAAUUCCUCACUGCCCUCGUCGCUGGUAUCGAGGCAGAAUGUAAAGUCGGACUUGCUGUUUGGCCAGCUCAUUAUGAUGUCGGGUGGCAUAUUACUUCUACGACUGGUUCGAUCGGGGCGGCGGUUGCUGUUGCGAAAAUACUAAUGCUAGACGUUGAUCGGAUGGCGCAUGCGAUUGCUCUGGCGUGUACGCAGGUCACGGGGUUACGGGAAAUGUUCGGAUCGCAUGCUAAGUCCUUUCAUCCUGGGCGGGCUGCGCAGAAUGGACUAUUGGCUGCGCUGCUUGCUGCGCAGGGCUUUACGGGGUCUUUGGAGGCUCUUGAGGCGAAGAGGGGGUGGGGGAAUGUUGUUGGGGGUGGACAUAGGCUUGGGGAGGAGAUUGCGGGGCUUGGGGGGAGGUGGGAGACUUUGAGGAAUGCUUUUAAGCCAUUUCCUUGUGGGAUUGUUGUUCAUCCUGUUAUUGACGGGUGUGUUUGGGGGCAUGUGGAGUUGGAGAGGGUUGGGGUUGAGGUUGGGGAUGUGGAGAGUGUUGUUGUUAGGGUUCAUCCGCUUGUGCUUGAGUUGACGGGUAAGACGGAGCCCAAGGAUGGGCUGGAGGCUAAGUUUAGUGUUUAUCAUGGUGCUGCUGUGGGGUUGUUGUUUGGAAAGGCUACCCCGGCGCAGUAUGAGGAUGAUGUCGUUGUUGAUGGUAGGGUUGUGCAGCUCAGGGAUAGGUUUGAGGCUGUUGCUGAUAAGACCUUGCGGCCUGAUGAGUGUCAUAUUGUUAUCAAGGUGAAGGGGAGGGGCGAUAUCGAGAAACAUGUUGACUACGCGGUGGGGAGCUUGGAGAGACCUAUGACGGAUGAACAGUUGAGCCUCAAGUUCAUGGAUCAGAGCGUUGGUAUUCUCGGACAGGCCAAGGCUGACAGGGCUAGUCAAUGGUGCUGGGAUUUGGUGACACAAGACGAUGUCCGCCGGAUCAAGGACAUAUUAUGA